AUGCAAAGGUCAAAGGUACAAAGUCCAGUAUUCAAGUCCUUGAUUGGUCGCAAAAAAGUGAUAAUUGUGUGUUUAUUUUUGCAAGGGUCAUCUGGAAUAGCAAAUGCUUUAAUCUCCAACAUUUAUGCCAUAUAUGUGUUACGUUUUCUCAAUGCGGUUGGUGGUUCUGGAUCCUACAUUCCCUCAGUUGUCUUUGCUGCUGAAGUCUCUUCGGCGAACAAUAGAAUGAAAUCUAACGUGGCCACCCACAUGAUAUUUGCCACCGGACUAGUGAUCAUUUUUCCUCUGACUUACUUUGUGAGGACCUGGAAGACUUUGAUGAUCAUAAUAUCAAUCCCGUCACUGGUGUUCGCCAUCGUCUAUAUCUGUUUCCUAGACGAGUCUCCCCGAUGGCUCCUCAAUAAAAAGAGAACAAAAGAUGCCAACAUAAUUCUUAGCAACAUCGCCAAACUGAAUGAAAAAGUUUUGCCUCAAACAGAAAUCGUCAACAUUUCCUCAUCGAACAAUAAAAGAGUAGAAACCUGGAAAAUGUUUACCAUUCCUCAGCUUCGAAAACGGACCCUAAUUUUGACGCUAAACUGGUAAGUGAUAUUACAUUUACCAUUUUCUGUGUAUUCUUUAUCUUUUAUCGUUUACUUGUUUCUCUCAUUUGACUGCGGCCAUGCUGGGGCACUGCCUUGAAAAACUUUUACUUGAAUUAAUUGACCCCAGAACUUUUUUAUGCCUGGUGCUGAUUCCAUUGGUUUAUUUUUAACCAUUAAGUUAUGGGGACAUAGACAAACCAACACUGGUCAUCAAGUAAUGGUGGGGGACAAACACAUACACAUAGA